AUGUGGCUUUACGGUCACGUGCUGACACAAGGCUAUUACUACGCUAACCUGUGGUUCGGCACGCCCGGGCGUCGCUUCGCGGUGAUCGUGGAUACGGGCAGCACCGUCACCUACGUGCCGUGUGCUUCGUGCAGCGAGUGCGGUGGUCAUCAUCAGGACCUGCCGUUCGAUCCACAGCAAUCGUCAACGUACCAGUUCGUACCGUGCAGUUCGGACCAGUGCCCGUACCACGACUGCCAGGACAAUUCCGACGAGUGUUCCUACGACCGGCACUACGCGGAGAACAGCAGCAGCAGCGGGCUCAUAGUCUCAGACGUGGUCACCUUCGGAAACGCGUCCACGCUGCCGCCCGCGCGGAUCCUCUUUGGGUGCGAGCUGGCGGAAACGGGCGACAUUUACACGCAGAAGGCGGACGGGAUCAUGGGCAUGGGUCGCGGGGAGCUGGGGAUUGUGAGCCAGCUGUCGGUGGGAGCGGGGAAGGUGAUGGACGAGCAGUUCUCGCUGUGCUAUGGCGGGUCGGAGGGCGGCGGCGGGGCGAUGAUCAUGGGCGCGAUUCAGCCGCCUGCGGGGAUGAAGUUUACGAAGAUGGAUAUGCGCAGUGGCGGCACGUACUACAACGUGAUCCUGAACGCCAUCACAGUGGCUGGAAAGCCCCUGGAUCUGGACAUGUCAGUGUUCCGGUCGGGGUAUGGUGUGGUCAUGGACAGCGGCACCACCUUCUCCUACCUCCCCCGCAAGGCCUUCGAGGCAUUCAAAGCUGCUGUGGAUGCAUCAGUGAAGGGCGUUGAGAGCGUUCCCGGUCCAGAUUCAGUGUAUCAGGACGUGUGCUACGGCGGCGCCUCAACCAAGAUAGAGGAGCUGUCCAACUACUUUCCCACCGUCUCCUUCACCUUUGAUGGCGACGUGGUCUACGAACUCACACCAGAGAACUACCUCUUCCGACAUGUGAAGGUGGCAGGAUCUUACUGCCUAGGCCUGUUCAAGAACAACGACAGGGGAACGCUUAUUGGAGGUAUUAUCAUGCGCAACACACUGGUGACAUACGACCGAGUGAACAGCCGCAUAGGCAUGCUCAAGACCAACUGCCGAAACCUGUAUCAGGAGCUCCAGCAAAUAUACACAGAGCAAGGGGCCAAUCCUUCCCCUCUUCCAGAGUAUCUGCUAUCUGAACCUCCCCCCCUGCCCGACUCUGCCCAUCGAGGGGCUGAGAACGGUGGAGAUGGUGGGAGCGGAGGGGAGGAAGGCGAGGGGAGUGGAGGGGAGGAGGAGGGAGGAGGGGCGGAUGGGGAGGAUGAGGAUACAGGUGCUAGUGGAGGUGAUGGUGGUGGGGGCAGCUCAGCUGAAGGUGCUCCUGCUGCGCCUGCUGUUGCUUCCUCGUGUGAUGGCUGUGCGGGAAGCAUCGUAGCAGAUCUGCUGGUGGGGCUGCCGCUGCUGCGUUUUGCCCCGCUCACCAACUCCUUUGUGCACGACCUCUCACGCGAGCUGGGACUGCUGGAGGCCCAGGUGACUGUGGUGAGCUUUCACGAGGGGCAAAGUGCGUCCCAGCAGCAGCAAGGGGGGGCGGAUGGGAGUGCCAAAGGGGGUGGAGAGGCAGCAUCGGGUGUGGGCAGCACACGUGUCAAUGUUACCAUCUUGCCCUCCCCACCUGACGUGGUCCUGGCUAAAUACACGGUGCAGCGAGUGGUGAAUGUUCUGCAGAGCCACAUGGCCAUCCGGGAUGUGUUUGGAUCGGUCACAGUGCUGCACGUGCAAGUCGUGCUCAGUGCCCCUGAUGCGUCCAGCUCCCCUUUCAUCUGGGUGCAGAGUGGUUCAGGGGAAGAGGCUUCGAUGUUGAAUGGAGCGGAGCAUGGGGAGGAAGAGGGUGGAGAGGAGGAAGGAGAGAAGGUGACGAUUCUGCAGCAACGGGAGCCUAGUGCUCCUCGUUUGUAA